UCCCCAGAGCACUGUGUGUUCAUCACCAAACUCCUGAUCGUGGUCCUUCUUGGGAGCUCUGUGCCCACUGAUGCACCAGGGACCCUGGUGACCAUUGAGGGCAGAGUGGAGAGUGGGCACAUAUACUGGGUGUACUGGCUAGGCAACGCCCCAGAGGUCACCAGGAGACUUGCCUUCUGGGCUGCACUUAUCUCUGACAUCCUUUUAAUCUCUGGGUGUCUUGAAAUUACAAAAGGCUUACUUCCUUUUUUUUUUUACUUACUUCCUUUUCCUGGAAGUGCUUUCACUGAGCAGAAAUGUUUUGCUGAGGUAGUUUCACUUUCCUGCUGCAUAAAUCCAUGAGGAACACCAGCAUGCAGUGCCCAGGUGAAAGGCACAGGCCUUCGGGGGACUCUCCUGCCUGAAGCAGCGAAGCAGGCUUGGCCUCAGCAGAAGCUCCGCUCUCCACCUGCUCCUGUGCGGACCUGGGAGGGCAGGGAUCUCCUGCUGCACUGCUGCGUGCUCAGCCUCUCUCCUCUGAACCUGCUCUUCUCCCGCCAGGCUCUUGCAUCUGGUCUCCAUGGUGACAAAAUCAUCAAGACAAUGGAGUGCAGAGAGCAAAGCUUCGUGCAUCCUGGCUCCAGCCCUGGACCAUCCUCCUGCUGCUCUGCGCCUGUGCCGGGCCUCACACUGCCGGGAGCACACGACCUUCCAGAUCCAGCAGCCAUGUGUGACUUCUUCUCAGAUUACCUGAAAAAUUUGAAAGAAAAGGACUUUAAGAAACUGACUGAUGACUUCAUGUCUCACUAUGUUAAAUUAACUGAUAAGACCAAAGGCAUCAUCUCCCUGGAAAAACUCAAGAGAAUUAAAGAGGCCUUCAGUGUGGGGAAUCUACAGGCUGUAGUGGAUGCAAUUCAAGAAAUACUAAGUGCAGCAGAAAAUGCUGUCCUGGAGGUGGCUGUGAUCGGGGAGUCGGGGACAGGCAAGUCCAGUUUCAUCAAUGCCCUCAGAGGCCUUGGUCAUGAGGAAGAGGGGGCGGCAAAGGGUGGGGUUGUGGAGACCACCAUGAAGAAAACCCCCUAUAAACAUCCACAGUACCCCAACGUGACCUUCUGGGACCUGCCUGGGGUGGGGACGCGCACCUUCGCCCCGGACACCUACCUCGAAGCAGUGGGCUUUGCCACAUUCGACUUCUUCAUCAUCAUUUCCUCCUCCCGCUUCACCUGCAACGAUGCUCUCCUGGCCCGGAAAAUCCAGGAAGCUGGGAAGAGCUUCUACUUUGUUAGAAGCAAGGUGGACAGUGAUUUAUAUAACGAGCAGACAGCCAAGCCCCUGUCCUUCCAGAGGGAGAGAGUUCUCCAGGAGAUCCAAGACUACUGCCUGGCUAACCUCUGUGACAUAGGAGUGCCUGACCCGCGCAUCUUCUUGGUCUCCAACUUUCAUGUGCAUGAGUUUGACUUCCCAGAUCUGCAGAGGACGAUGCUGGAGGAGCUUCCUGCUCACAAGCGCCACGUCUUUGUGCUCAUGCUGCCCGCGCUGUCGGAGGCUUCCAUUGAGCUGAAGAGAAGUAUACUCAAAGAGAUGAUCUGGCUGGAGGCUCUGAAGUUGUCAGCUGUGGCCUUCAUCCCCUUGGGGUCCAUCUUCAAAAGCUUCGAUUUGCCUGAACAGGAAGCGUGCUUGCAGCUUUACCGAAAGUAUUUUGGUUUGGAUGAUGAGUCUAUUGAAGUGAUUGCCAAGAAGCUCCACACAUCUGUGCAAGACAUCAAGGGAUACCUCAGGUGCUUGGAUUCCUCAGCCCUACUGCAGGAUGCCAGCAAAGCUGCAAAGGCCAUAUAUUGUGCUGCAAAGAUCUGCGCAGUGACUGGAGGUCCUAUAUCUUCUACCAUGUACUUCCUGAAGGCCUACUUUAUACGCUCGAAAAUCCUCGAUGCAGUGGCCCAAGAUGCUAAGGUCCUGUUGCAUAAAACCCUCCGUCCUCCCUUCUGACAGAAUGAGGUAGAAGCACUGUGCCUGGCCUCAUGGACUGGAAAGUGGACCUCGGGGCUUCUGCUGUCAGGGAUGAGGGUCCUGCCCCAGUGUCCCUAAGGUAGAAGAAACCUCUGACCCACAGAGCCAGGCAACAGCUUCCCAUGGUAACUCAGGCUGUGCAUAGGUGAUUUGACCACAGCCUGCCUUCUGCAUGCUUUGGUAUGUUUUUAUUAAAACCCAACAGUAUCUCAACCUCUGCUUCAGCUAAUCUCCAAGUUUUUGUUUAUCUGUUUAUUUGUUUGCUUUACGGGGCAGGAACUGAACCCAGGGAGGGCCUUGUGCAUGGUAGGCAGGGGCUCUGCCUCUGAGCUCCAGCCCCAGCCCUUGCUCUCCAAGUGUUCCCAAGGAGUCCCAAUUUCCUCAGGCAGUAACACUUUGUGACACUCACAGCCGAGGUUAUAUACUGUCAUUUUAUGGCUCUGUUCUCAAUCACCAUGUUAAUGCUCUCUACAAAAUGGUAACAUUUUCAAAAGAUUAGUAAAAUGUGUGGCAUUGGAAAAUACAGCCAGAAAUAGACUUGAUACCACACGUGUCUUUGAUGGACAUGCAAUGAACACGUGGUAUGUGCACAUAGUGAAAUAUUAUUUGGUAACAAAGAAAGAUCAGUCUGGCAUUGGGCAGGAAAAUGGAUUCCCCUGCAGAAUGUAAUGUGAAGUGAAGGGGACACACAAGCUUAAAUCCCGUGGUUUCUCUCAUUUGAGUAAUGAAAAGUUCAAAUAAACAGCAAAAUAAAAGAAAGACAAAUUCAGCAGAGAGAGCUUUUGCAAAUGAAAAGGGGCCUGAGAUACAGGGGCUGAGCUGGGGCGCAGGGAAGGGGAUGUAAACAGAUUCAGAUGUGUGCUGUGCACAGCUAACCUCCCACCGUGCAUGCGGCCAUUGUACGCUGUAAAUAUGAAAUACAGAAUAAUAAUGAGAUUGACAUUAAUACAAGUAACAGUAACCACAGUAAGGAAAGCAGGGAGAGGGGAUCUGGAGGUGCAGGGAGGAGGUGGGUGGGCAGGAUAAUAACCAAGACGUCUCCUGCCAUGCACCUCCUCCCAAGAGGAAUGUAACCUUCACAUACUGUGAUGUGCACUGAUAAAAUAAAAUACGAUUCUAAAACAGAAA